GCUUCGCAAAUUCGCGCUAGAAGUGGUGGACAGCGCCUGCCAUGACGCUGCCCGUUGCGCGUCGCCUGACGGGAACGAAGGGCCCCGAGACGGACGGGACGGGACCCUCUUGACCUCGUCCGCCAGAAACUUGAGAUUGUAUCUCCGUGACCUCCGACAAGUCUUGCCGCUCUCCGCUGCUUAGGUCUACAAUGAUUGGAAGGACAACCGGCCGCUAACUGUCCGCCCGGCUGCAUUCUCCCCAUCACAUUCUCUUCCCCGGAAGCCGAAACAGUUGGUCCUUGUCAUCCACCCGUUGGCGUGUCCGCUCUUAGCUCUGCUUCUACAUCGCGCUCCACCGACUCGCUCGGAUCGGAUCAAUUGGCGCAGUUCAACCUCUCUGACCCGGGUUUCUUUCUUUUCUCCCAUCUCUCUUCCAUCCCAUCGUCGACUGGUCCCCCAGCCACACAUACAUCCAAUCGCGGAAAACGACGACUUGAUACGGACCACGGCCCACGUUUCCGCACAAUGCUUGCGACCAUUCCCGCUCUCUCCGCCGCCACAUGGCUCAUGCUCUUGGGCACGAGUUCGGCCAUGCCGGCGGGCGUUUUCGAGAGUACCGAGGCUUCCAUCACUGGUUCCUCUACCGCCACUGCCGUUGCGCCAGAUAUCACUGCCCUCACAGCAGUUUGGACCACUGUCAACGAUAGAGGCAGGCCCAUUACCGUUACCCCCGUGCUCACUACCAUCGACGGUACGCCGACCGUGAUCUCUGCUGCCCCAGUCCCCACAUCCGACGACGAGAUCAUCAUCGACGAUGAGUUACCACCAUUCGAGAAGACCGGGAGCGGCGCCUUCGAGCAGUGUCAUAACAAAGAUGGUCCAUAUGCGCCUUUCUGCGAGCCUUCUCAUGGGCAAAACAUUUCUAUCAACACGGACCAGCACAUUACCUGGGACCCCGAAUAUUUCGGGCACAACACCUCCAUCAAGAUCGUCGCCUUCUACGACCAGAAGGGCACUGACCAAGCCUUUGCUACCGACUACAUGUCCUCCGGUUGGGGCUACUACGAGUGGAAUGUGAAGAAGAAUCUCUUCUCUCCUAAGCAGUACAAGAAGCAGCAUGCGCUCAACAUCACCAUUGGUUUCGGCGCCAAGAACCACAACGACCACCGAGUCCACUGGGUCCGUGGUCCCACUGUUACCAUUGUCCGUACCCGCCGCUUUCACGAGCACAAGAACGAGCUUCCUGAUGGCGCAGCCCUGUACAUUGGCAUUCCCGCCAUUGUUGGUUUCGUCCUGCUCGUGUCAUGCGGUACCUGCCUGAUGAACAGGAAGCUAAGACGUAUUGGCGUUGGUAGCGUCAUGGGCCGUGGAAAGGGCUACAACCUCCUUGGUAAGAGCAAGAAGAAGGGUCUUUUCGGGAAGAAGAACAAGGAUGAAGGUAUCAGACUCAUGGGGCGUGACGAGUUUGAGGUGGAUGACCGGGAUUAUAGGGACACCCCUGACAUGGAGGACCGUUGGAACCGGUAAAGGGUUGGCUGAUUUUCUUUCAGAUGAGGAAAAAAGCCGUUGGUCAUUCUGCUGACCUUUGGCCCUGAUUCCCCGGGACGGUGCAACUAUUGUUAAGAGGCAACUGGUGUGGCAGAUCCCAGUUUUGCUAUCAUGAGGACGUCUGAGAGGUAUUCACCAUACACCUUGGAUAAAUUCCGCGGCGAUGGAUGAUCCUCGAGCGGGCUCAUCCCUAUCUGAACAGCUAGCCUCUCAUGUUGAGGCAGUCCCUCAAAGGCAGCUGCACGCCUCUUUGUGAGGAAUUUUGGAUAGCGCUGCCUAUUAACGGAUAUGAUUGGCGACGAGUAAUGAGAGGCGGCACGAAUCACGCCGAAAGACAGGAUCAUGCCCUAAAUAUGGUAUGAAACCGCUAACGUUGGAUAAUGCAAUAUGUAAUGCUUGAGGUAUGAGUGGACAUAGAGUCUAUCGGAUAUGAGAUGGGGGAAGGCAAAAAAGGACCUCGAGCCAAGACACAAACCUGUAGAUACGUAAUAUUAACAUAUGACAUCAAAUAUCCGAUGAAGCCCACUGGCAACUUACGCGAC